GAUUCUGUUGAGAGAACAAAUCCAUAUGAUCUGAAAACCUCCAGACGGCUUUCCUCGCCGCUCCACCUAUCGACUGCUUCUUCUCCUUCUACUUCGAUUUCCAUUAGGAUCGAUCUCCACUUCUCGGUAGAAGUCGAUUCAUCACCAACAAUUUCAUCACUAGGCCCACGCGUCAGUCGAUCGCAGCCACUCCACCGUGGUCCAUCUGUGGCGACAUCGCCUUCUACUUGACCAUUAUCGAUGACCGACAGUCUGACCUCUUUCUAUGAAGGGUUGAAUGAACGUGUUACUGGUCUUCCAUUAAAGGGUUAGCCUUUGGAAUUGACAUUUUAUGCCCUGCGUUGUUGGAUUACCUAGAGGCAGUCAAAGUAUGAAAGAUGGUCCACCCACAAGAAAUGAUGGAUUUGUAUGCUCCCGGGAUUUCGUUGGGGUUAAAGAAACAAUCACCUGGUUCGUAUUACAGAAGACCCUUUAAUCCUCUUUCAUCUCCGUCGCAUGUUGCCUGCACCACCAAAGCUACGUCCGUUUGUUUUUUAUGCGGUGGCGUCUCUGAAGCAGGUGAUAGCGACGUCUGGGAAUCCAGGAUUUUUUUUCUUGACGGAUUCUUAUUGAAGACUCAGUUUCCUGUUUCUUUAUCUACUCUGUAUGCUGACUAUCUACUUUAUUCAAGUAUCAUCUUUACUAUGGGAAUUAUGAUCUUGGUCCAUGACUGGAGAAAAAGAACUCGUUGGUCGCCAACAUCUUUUAAAAAAAACCAAGAACAAACAUAUUCGAAAACCCAGGAGCCACAGGACGAGUAUCCCAAAGGAAAGAAAUGGUGGUGGACAUCAACAUGCUACAAUCACAAUUCGAUAUCAAGGUACAAUUAA